GGUUGAGCGGCCCUGACACUGACCCUGCUUUAUUGGAACCGAUGUAGGUUGUUCGAGAAGUAAAAGAUGGUCUCAGCACUGCAACCCCUGCUGCUCCAGAUGUGAAAAUCAAGAAGCCAAAGUCAACACAUCCUAAACCUUUCAGACUAAGGACUGAUGAGCGGGGUAUUCUUAAGGAAGCGAACAUGGAGAGAAAACUUCACCAUCCUCAGAUCCAAGCUGCAGCAGUUUCUGGUUUUCGAGGUGGAAACUCACAGAGAAGACGUGGAAAUGAUACCAAAGAAAAUGAAAAAUUAUCAGCACAAAGCAACGGAAGCAAUAAUAAUUUCGAAUGUAAUGUUAAAGAAUCAUCAGAAGAAGUGCAAAAGGCUGCAGCUAAGUUGAGCAGAACAGCUCGCCUGCAGACUAUACGAGAGCAAGCAUGUAAAACUCCACAAAGACGUUUCAAUUCGGUGCAGAAAAAUCCGAAUCAUACAAGUUUCUCACAAAAAGAUAUCAACAAUAAUGAGAAUAAAAAACCUGAGGAUUGCACAAGAAAACUAAAAUCACCUUCUCUGAGUCAACUUGUUAGGCCUGAAGGUAGGAAGCAGAUGAAUUCAUUGAAACCCCAGGGCAAUGGGCUCUGCGUAAUAAAGGAAACAUCAAAAGCUAAGUUAGCAGGGAAGCCAUGUCAAAGUGGUAUGGUCUCAUCAACAAAAUCAGCAACUUCUGCUGCAUUCAAGACAUCAUCAUCCAGGUGCCCAACUUUUCACACUGUUAGCGUAUCCAAGAAUCAGGGUUGUGCAAAGAAGAUUAAGUAGGUUAUUCCCGUUGUAUCCUUGUUGUUAUCUGUAUUAAGUUUUGUUGUUCAUAUAUUGAAUUACUGCAAGUCCUCGAAAGGUUUGAUCUUAUAGGCUCAAUUUUUCUGUAUUAUGCUUGGAAGCUUCAGCUUGAAGAAGAAAGACAUGUUGUCGUAGAAAGUAUAUAUAAUUUGUUCACUUCCUUCAGAUUGUGUAGUGCCUUUUUCAGAAUUUCUGUUUGUAUGAACUUUCUACGAAAGAAUGUGUUGCAAAGGA